UAUAAAUAAUAAAUUUUAAUUUAUUAAUAACAAAGUCUAGUUCUUUUUUAUACAAAACAAAAAUUGCGCCCUCUUGUAAUCUUCAUGAUUUCAACAACAAAUAUCAAAACAUUUUGUUUAUAAAAAUUGAAACAAAUUUUUAAAUAUAUAAAAAUAAAAAAAUGACAACAAUAAAAACUCACAGUGGUAUUGAUAUUCUACGACUUCCAGUUGAUCAAGAAGAACAUGUUUUUCCACCCUGGGGUAUUAAAUACACCCAAUCACAUAUAUUACACUCAAAAUGUUCAAAGAAUGAAGAAGGUUGUGCUGAUGAUGACACUGAUCCAUGCACAUUUUGUCUUUAUAAUACAGCAUUAAAAAUGCCCCACAUGCCAGACAUGGUAUUUCCAAAUAACAUUCUCAUUUUGAAACAUGAACGUGGAUCAAUUAUUGAAUUUAAAGCAAUUGAUGCAUUACAAUUAGUUGCCAAUGGAAAAAUUGAUCUUAAAUUAGCUUGUUCAGAAGCAUGGCAUGAAUCAAGAUCAGAUUGUAAAGAAUAUCUUGAAGAAAAAGUAAAACCAUUUGAUUGGACAUUUACAACAAAUUACAUGGGAACAAUAACAGGAUUAAAAGUUUUAGAUACUGAUGAAAAAAUUGAUCUUGAAAAAUUAAAAAGAAAAGAUAAAAUAUUAUUUUAUCAUGAUUUAACAUUAUUUGAAGAUGAAUUACAUGAUAAUGGAAUUGCAUCAUUAUCUGUUAAAAUUCGUGUCAUGCCAGGAAGUUUUUUUAUUCUUCUUCGUUAUUUUUUGAGAAUAGAUAAUGUAAUGUUACGUGUUAAUGAUACAAGAAUGUAUCAUGAAUUUGGUAAUGAUUAUAUUUUACGUGAAUAUACAUCAAGAGAAGCUAAAGUUCCAGAUAUAACUGUAUCACCAACAUUAUUUGUUGAACCUAGUCUUAUUGCUCCACAUCUGCCACUGACUAAAAGUCUAUAUCAAAAACUUGUAUUACCACAAAAACCAUCUGCACAAUCAUCAUCAUCAUCAUCAUCAUCAGACAAAAUUUCAAAUACAGUUGAUUCAUCUUAGUUUAAGUAUCAUUUGAUACUUACAAUUUGUAAAUAAACUGUGCUAAUUUUUCUUGAUAAUAUAAAUUGAGUUUGUUAUUAAUAAAUUA